GUUCUCAUUGGCUCCCAUGGCAAAAGAGUCUGGAGGAGUGAUCCCUCAGUUUUGGGUUUCUACAUGACAUCUGGCCUGACCUACCUUUACACAGAAAGGCCUGGACCGAGCCAUACUUCAAUGGACUCCAGGGGCAUCUUGAAGGCAUUCCCCAAACGAAAGAAAAUUCAUGCCAAACCAUCAACAAAAGUACUUGCAAAGAUUCCCAAAAGGGAGAAGGGAGAAGAAGCUGGAGAGUGGCUGAGCUCCCUCAGGGCCCAUGUUGUGCCCACUGGCAUUGGACAAGCCCGGGCUAAACUCUUUGAGGAGCAGAUUGUCCAGCAUGGUGGUGAGAUAUGCUCCGCCCAGACCCCAGGGAUCACUCACAUUGUUGUGGAUGAAGACAUGGACUGUGAGCGGGCCCUCCACCUCCUCAGGCUGCCCCGGCUGCCCCCAGGUGCUCAGUUGGUGAAGUCAGCCUGGCUGAGCAUGUGCCUGCAGGAGAGAAGGCUGGUGGACACUGCUGGAUUCAACCUCUUCAUUCCUGACAGAUUCUUAGAUCAACCACAGCCCAGCAAGGCAAACCAAGACUCUUCAGCUCCUCCGAUUGCCUGUGAGUUUCAGCCUUCAAGAGCCCACUCUCCUCCCCUUCCUCUCUCCAGAGCGGUGUCUCCUCGAAAAGCAGAAGAGGCACCAAGAACCCAUGCCCAGCCCAGCUCAGAGGAUGAAAUCAGUGAUGGGGAAGAACCCCAGGUGAGCACAGCUGAUCUGGAAGCCCUGAUCAGUGGCCACUAUCCCACACACCCUGAGGAAGAUGACGGGCCUGGCCAAGCCCCAGAAGCCCUGGAUAAGUGGGUCUGUGCACAGCCCUCAAGUCAGAAGGCAACCAACCACAACCCACACAUCACAGAGAAGCUGGAAGUGCUUGCCAAAGCCUACAGUGUCCAGGGAGACAAGUGGAGGGCCUUGGGCUAUGCCAAGGCCAUCAAUGCCCUCAAGAGCUUCCACAAGCCUGUCAGCUCCUACCAGGAGGCCUGCAGCAUUCCUGGGAUUGGCAAGCGCAUGGCUGAGAAGAUCAUGGAGAUCCUGGAGAGCGGGCACCUGCGGAAGCUAGACCACAUCAGUGAGAGUGUGCCUGUAUUGGAGCUCUUCUCCAACAUCUGGGGGGCUGGGACCAAGACUGCCCAGAUGUGGUACCAUCAGGGCUACCGAAGCCUGGAAGAUAUCCGCAGCUUGGCCUCCCUGACUUCCCAGCAGGCCAUUGGCCUGAAGCAUUACGAUGAUUUCCUGGAACGCAUGCCCAGAGAAGAGGCCGCAGAAAUUGAGCAGACCGUCCGGGCAUCAGCCCAGGCCUUCAACCCUGAGCUGCUGUGUGUGGCCUGUGGCUCUUACCGCCGAGGGAGGACAACCUGCGGUGAUGUGGAUGUGCUCAUCACUCACCCGGAUGGCCGGUCCCACCAGGGUGUCUUCAGCCGUCUGCUUGACAGCCUUAGGCAGCAAGGGUUCCUCACAGAUGACUUGGUGAGCCAAGAGGAUAAUGGCCAGCAACAGAAGUACCUGGGUGUAUGCCAGCUUCCAGGGCCAGGGCGGCGGCACCGGAGACUAGACAUCAUCGUUGUACCCUACAGUGAGUUUGCCUGUGCCCUGCUCUACUUCACCGGCUCUGCCCAUUUCAACCGCUCCAUGCGGGCUCUGGCCAAGACCAAAGGCAUGAGCCUGUCAGAGCAUGCACUCAGCACGGCUGUGGUCCGGAACAGCCAAGGUGUUAAGGUGGGCUCUGGCCAAGUGCUGUCCACCCCCACAGAGAAGGACGUCUUCAAGCUCCUAGGUUUGCCCUACCGAGAGCCGGCCGAGCGGGACUGGUGACCUGUGGCAGGGGCAAGGAGGAGAGGAUGGGCUGCCCUGUCUGAGCAUCCACUACCUGUCCAGCUUCAGCUGGCUGGGCCUCACGUUUUCAACCACCAGCUGUCCUUAGUGAGCAGAGACUGAGCUCUGAGCCCAAGGGAGAGAGCCAGCCUGCUCUCAGGGCUUUCCAGCCCUCUGCUGGGCAGGAUCAGGCUGCUGUCCUUUUACCCCAUCACUUCUCCUGGUAGAGGCCUACACACGAUCCCUUGCCUGACUUAAGCAGGAGCAGGUGGCUGGUUUGAAGCCAGCUUCCUGUGCUAAAGGCCUAAGACCCCUGUCCUGCUCCAAGAAAGAUCUAGCUUCUGGAGGUGGGGGAGAAACAGCAGGGGGAAGAGAAGCAGUUGUCUGUCCUGCAUCAUCCUAGACCAUUUGGAAUAGGAGAUGAGCCACUCCACGUGAACUCCCUUCCCCUCCUCACUUCCUGUGUAGCUGGAGCUGCUAGCAAGCACCCCUUCCCCCAGCUCCAUGAGGACAACAUGUGAAGGCCCUGGGGCCCAAUAAGUACAUUGCCUUUGA